CGAACAGUUUUCAGUCUCGCCGAAACACUUGUACAUGAGUUUGCUCAUGCGUUUUCUAUGGCAUACUUCCCAAUUCCUCCUCAUCCAACCUAUGAGAGCCCAGAGGAGCCCUGGAUACAAGGAAACAGAAGCAAUGAGCUUGGCUGUGCUUUGAUCGACCAUCUACUCGGCGGUCUCGCUUAUGCAAUGACUGCAUAUACCACCUGCGACACCACAGAGCAUCGACAUAUGGUCAACUGCCCCUUUGGAAUGUAUAUCGAAGGGCAAUGGGAUCUCUGGGUAGAGGAUGAUGGGGUUGAGCGUGUGAGAACUGACACCCCAGCUGCUGGUAGUACCAGCAGACAGACUAUCUAUCCCAUCCCUCAGAAGUACUUUUAUAAUAUGCUCACUGAAGAGACUUGGAAACAACAGGUACCUAGAUUUGGGCUAGCGUCUAUCAGGAUGCCGAGACUGAAGGAGUGGUCAAUGACGAUACCAAAACCCAAUUGA